AUGCCGCAAGCAAGCCGGAACACCACAGCGAAGACAAAGUUGAUUUUAGACUUUGGCACAUUUCUCCACAAGAUAUUCCUCAAAUCCGUAGAAGAUGAUGAUGACACCAUCUUCUGCGAUAAACUCCCUAGCAUCAACAGACACAUAAACUACAUCUUGGAGGCACCGAGCGAUCCUCUACUAGAGGACCAAGCAUUGCUGGAUUCGAUAGGGACGAAUUUGUGGAAUGUGUGUACGCGACUUAUCAGGAAUGAUGGUGGAAAGGAAGAACCUCGGGCAUUUUCAUUUUUUAUGAUUGAGUUUGGGGCAGGGAAUGGGGAGAAGGGAACUGAUUCAGAACAUACAGAUUACUUGAGACUUCUAAAAGUGGCCUUGGCAACAGCACGAGGAUGUCUAGAUGUUGACCAACUAGGUCUGUGUUUGAAAAUACUUGGGAAAGCUGCAGCUCGGGAAGAAGUCUUGUCAAAGCGAAAUCAAGGCAGCAGCACUCCUGAUGGCAGUAUUUGCAAAAGCUCUACCGAAUACUAUAUUUUGCGUAUGGUACUGUCAUGGCGUCAAGAUCAGAUGGAAAUUACAGAGCAUAUGUUCUCUAAGAUUGACAUGGCAUACUUAAGGCAUGAUCCUACCAUGGCCGAGCGGUGUGCAGGAGUCACUUACGAUAUCGGAAAAUCUAUGAUAAUUCGAGGCGAGCACUCGUCAGCUGCGUGCUGGUUACAACGGUCCUAUGAAGCAUUACCCCAACCAGAGAUUGGGCGGAUUGGUGAGAACAGAAGAGAACUCCAGUUCGCUGUUCUUCUUGCGAGAGUCCGUGCAAACAUGUUUUUACAACACGAGGAUGGAGAAACUAUUGUUUCAAGUUUACUUGACAUACUUGAACAAGAAUACGGAAAUCGACUUCCGGUUAUCCUUUUGAACCUAGACGUUAUCAGCAAAUCGCCCUCCCCUGACAGCCAACGUUAUUACGCAAAGCUCUGUCAUCUGGUUCGGACAGUUCCUGUCACUGAAUCGAAUUAUGAAAUGAUAACUCGACACAUACAUCGACUAAACAAAUGGAGUUCGGAGCUUGCACUAGAUAUCCUCAAACAGCUGCUGAUACAGAGAUUGGUUCUGCAUAAUGACAUUUUCAUCCUAGAGAAGUGUUUUGUAACAUUUGUUUGGAUGCAAACUGCGUUAUCUGAGCUUACUGCUGGCCUAAAUUCGCUUUCAGGUUUGAUAGAAAAGCUCGAGGAAUCGUUGCGGAAACCCUUUAGCGAGGAAGCCGCCCAAGCAUCUUUAAUUCUCCUGUGGAAGAAGACCAAUAUUGCUUAUGAACGCAAAGAAUAUGAUGUUGCAGAGAAGUGGUGCUUGCUUGCUCGGCAUAUGAUGUUUGUAAAUGCAGGAAAUACGAACAAAACUAAAUUGUGCAGGAAAAUGAUUCUCUGCGCGUUGGGGAAAAUGGAUGCAUCAAAAGCACGUCAGUUGUUCGACGACAUGCCAGAGGCCUCAAGAUCUGAGAGUUUGACACAGUAUCUGCUGUACAAAGUUGCAUUGUUGGACAAGGACACUCAAUUGGCAAUGGAGUGUCUUGAGACACUUUCCAAACAGGGCACAGGAUCCGAAAAAUAUAUUCUGGCAUGCCUUGCGGAGACACGACAUAUUGAGGAUAAAUAUCAAGAAGUUAUCGCUCUACGGAUUCUGUUGGAUAACCUUGAUAAGAAAUCGUUGGAUGGAAUUCAUUUGCCAGCACUUCUCCGACAUACUAUCCGCCUUCUCGUCUCAGAAGUGAGCAGUUCAGAUCAGUCGAUACAACUAGAUGUCAUAGAGAAUACUUGCAACGUAUUCGAGAUCGCAUCUGCAAAAGCGAUCCAAUACCGUGAUCAGGAGAACGGGAGUCCCUUUUCAAUCUCUGAGAUGGAGUGGUUUUCUCGAAAUAGCUAUAACCUCGCCGUAAAGUAUUGUACAAUAUGGGAUACUCGCCCCGUACUGUCUCUUGUGAACACAUCUAUUAAGUUUCUUGACAUGUAUCCUUCGAACUUGAGUCUGAAGCAGCUAUAUGCUGUCACUCUGCGAAGGCUACUUUGUUAUUUUUUGGGCGCAUUACUUAACAUGGCUCGAGCACGAACAGAGGCAGAUGCUCAAACUCGGGCAGAUUAUUACCUUGAUUCCAGAAAUUGUAUACAAUUCUUUCGAGAUGCCUUUAAUUGUGAAACCAAAAACUUGGAAGUGGCAGAUCGGAAUGACUUACUUCAAAAACACCGGACAUUGUUAGCGUUUGACUUCGAAGCUGCUGUGCGGUUGCGGCAGUGGGAAAGCCUUAGUGAAAUCAUCGAAGAAUCCGAAUCAUUCGCAGACGACGUAUUAUAUGGCACGUUUUCGGAUGCAAUGCUCUGUUCAGAAGCACCUCUUGAGAAUGCUGCACGGGUCCUGCAGCAAAUAACCACCAACAUAGCCCGCCACGGCGAAGUCCGCGACACCACCAAACUUUCCCGCUGGAUCCGGUGUCAGUUUCAACUAUCCUUAGACUCCAACGUCGAGAUGGCAGAGAGCGUACUUGAGCAGGCGUAUGUGUUAGCCAGGGAGAGCCAUUCCCGGUCUGAGAAGGGUGAACACAGGGACCUGCAUAGGCCGGCAAUAUCCUCGUCAUCUUACCCAGAAGAAGAGCUUGAGUGGCUUUCCACAACGGCUUUUAACCGUGCGGUAGAUUUCUAUACAAAACCAGAUGAUGCCUCAUGUCGACGGUGGGCUCAGAAGUCGCUCGAUUUGGCGGGGCUGAUGCACGAUGGAGGUCUUCUAUAUAAGGUGCUUAAGGACAGGUUUGAGGGUCUGAGGUGGCAAUGAUGAGGCUUGCAGUUUGUUUAUGGCAAAUGGUGAAAUUAAGCAUGGCGGGGAUAAUGGUUGUCUGGUGAGGUGGGUUGGCUGCUUUGGCAUGGCCGCCGUUAAUAGAUCUCGUUAUUUGGGAGUGGCAUUCUCCGUGUUAUAACAUAUGCAGUGAGAUGGCCGCCUAAGCAAUGUACGCCUAACAGAUCCAAAAUUAGAAAGACUUUAGAUUAUAUCAAGCAAAUUCACUUUUAGUAUUAUGGAGAACUUUUUGUAAUACUAUCACACAGCACCGGCACUAACUAACGGGGUUCACUGAUGUCCAGUUUAAAAUUUAUUCACUUGCACUGAUUCAUUUUAACCAGUAAGCUGCCUGGACGAGACGGGUGAGAUUUUGCUAAACUUCAUUGACACAAGAGUUGAAAAUCAAUUGAACAUCCUGCAGGGUCAAGCUACAAUCAGAGAAUCUUUGUAGCACAUGGUCCCGAAUCGGCAAAAAAAAAAAAAAA